UAGCUUAUUAAACACAUAGGGACGCGUGCGAGGUGGUGGGCGAACGGACCACAAAGCGCUGUAUAUGUAUGAAAAAUUGCAAGUUGUGUGCGUGUGCAUGGUCGUACGGUCUAGCUCUAGUCGCUGUCUACCGCUGUUUUUUGUUUUUUAUAAUACUAAAUUGCUCCUGCAUGUGAAAAGUUCAAGCGUCUACAUGCGCACAAAAACAAACAAAUAAUAAAGACAAAGCCAUAGAGGGUAAAUCACUCUAUUUCCGUCUCUGUGCGUGUGUGUGGAUGUGAAUGUAUCCCCAGCAAGCGCCAGCCAGCGCUAACUGCAGCCGCAAAUAACUACGAAAAAUCGAAGUCGUUUUAAGCGCAGGCACGGUGCCGCAUGCCCAGCACAGUUUUCUACAUAAGCAACGCUAAAUGUUGUGAAACAGCAGCAACCACAAUGUCCAGCACUAUUGAGUUUGAGACAAUUGGGAACCGCUUGCAAUCGCUGGAAGCUGCGCUGCAGGCACAAAACGAAUCGCAUGAACAAAUUGUUCUAACGAAUACGCGUAAUGCAGCGGUGCGGGUCCGACCCACAACUUCAGUCACAGCCAGUGCAACUGCCUCCUCUACAGUGGCAGGUUGCGCAUCCACGUCGUCGUCAUCGUCUCUUUUGCCAGUUAGCACAGCCUCAACAGCGACAGGAGCAGUGCGACCGAUGACGCCGGGCGUUUUCGGUGGUAGCUAUGCCGGAACUAGAAAAAUACGCCAAACUCCAAGUCUACCGAUAUCUGCAACUGAAACGGUACCAGUUCGCACUCGUAUAAUGACGUUGCCGCUGCUCACACAGCAUCACCCCUCCGAAACGGAGACAGACAAGAAGCUUAAGAUGAUCAUGGGCCAGACGGGUAAGCUGACCAUCAAUGGGCGGCAAUAUCCGACCGACAUCAACGACUUACGGCACUUGGGUGAUCUCGGCAAUGGAACCAGUGGCAAUGUGGUUAAAAUGCUGCACUUGUCCAGCAAUACAAUCAUUGCAGUCAAGCAGAUGCGCCGAACUGGCAACGCGGAGGAAAAUAAGCGUAUUCUGAUGGAUUUGGAUGUGGUUCUCAAGUCCCACGAUUGCAAGUAUAUUGUCAAGUGCUUGGGCUGUUUUGUGCGCGAUCCCGAUGUGUGGAUAUGCAUGGAGCUGAUGUCCAUGUGCUUUGACAAACUGCUGAAACUGUCAAAGAAACCCGUUCCGGAGGAUAUUUUGGGCAAAGUCACAGUAGCGACGGUCAAUGCCUUGUCCUAUUUGAAGAACAAACACGGCGUUAUACAUCGCGACGUGAAGCCGUCUAAUAUACUUAUCGACGAGCGCGGAAACAUAAAGCUUUGCGAUUUCGGUAUCAGCGGACGAUUGGUAGACUCGAAGGCGAACACACGUUCAGCUGGCUGUGCAGCGUAUAUGGCGCCCGAACGCAUUGAUCCGAAGAAACCAAAGUAUGAUAUUCGCGCCGAUGUCUGGUCGCUUGGCAUAACGCUUGUUGAGCUCGCCACCGCGCGGUCACCCUACGAAGGCUGCAAUACGGACUUUGAGGUGUUAACCAAGGUGUUAGACUCGGAGCCACCUAGCCUUCCAAGAGGGGACGGUUUUUAUUUUAGUCAGGAAUUUCAUGACUUCGUCUGCAAGUGCCUCACGAAAAAUUAUCUGGAUCGACCCAAAUAUCCAGAACUCCUAGUGCAGCCAUUUGUAAGAACCUACGAAAUUGCCAAAGUUGAUGUGCCCAAUUGGUUCCAAAAUGUAGUCGAGACGGCAGCGGGCAAGCGCCUGCGCGCAAACGGCGAGCAAACGCUGACCAGAACGGCAGUGGCUACAUCAACAAUAACAAUACCAGCAGAAGCAAAGUAUGGCAAGCCCAGGGCUGCAUCGAUUGUAAGUCCCACAGCCCUGCCAGCGACUGCACCCACAGCAAUAUCAACAUCAUCUGCAAAGACAAUAAAGCACUCACAAAUACCAAGCUAUCAGCAGCCACAAACGCAGCAGCAGCCGCAUUUCAUGCAAUCAGCCACCCAACUACCUCAAAUGAACCCAGCAACGACAACAUCCAUAGCAAUAAAGAAUCCAGCAACACCAAUAUCAACAUGUACCGGUCCAGGUACAGCAACGACAAUUCCAAACUAUUUCACCAGCAGCCCCAGCCCACUUUCGGUGCCAGGUGGUGCCGAAGACCUCAAUAAGUUGUACCGCAAGUCUCCCUUCAUGCAACGCAAGUUGGGCAACGGCUCACACCAGUAUCAGCACCACCACCACCAACAACAACAUCAGCAGCCCUUUUACAAGUACAACGAUGAGAGCCCCAAGAAGGAGUCUAUGUUUAGUAGCAUAGGUCAAUCAAUCCUACGCAAUCUGACCACAUCGCCAUUCAGCCAAAAGAAACACAACAACAUAACACUGCCGCACCAUCAGCCAGCGCAUGUGCCCACGGAGAGUAGCUUGUGGCGUCAGACACCAGAUAUGGCCUUACCCUACGACAGCUGUGAUAGUAGUAACGUGGAUGUGGACUCGCCAGCCCUGUUGCGCCGACCGCUUACUGUGGAGCCGGCUGCUCAAGCAGAAAUUGCACCGGUCGCUGCCACAACGACAACGUUGCCGCUGACCAACCAAUCACAGCGCAUGCAACCGGGUAAUCAAAGUCCCAUAGUGCUGCAGCGUUUCUACCAUCAACAAAACCAAUUGCGCGAAAAGGAAGCGGCAGAGCGACAACAACGGCAGUCGAUUGUCAGCACAAAUCCCUUUCAUAGCAACUACGCCGUUCCCUCCUCGUCGCACUCCACUUCUAGUCAGUCGUCCACCCAGUCAACGUGCUCGCAGAUUGCUGUCGCCCCACCCUCACCGGUUGCUGGCCAUUUCGGCGUGGGCAACACCGCGCAACUGCAAUACCAGCCUUUACCCAUGACAACGGCGACACCGGCUUCGGCUGCUGGCACUAUGUACAGUAGCUUACGCACUUCGUCACCUACGCCUCCCGAACAGCUGCAGACGCAUCCACAGCAGCAGCCACAUGGUAAGGACUAUGGCGCCGGCUCGCCAGUGACUAGUAAGCUGAAUAAGUUGUACGCCCGUCGCCAAUUGCUGGGCCAGAACUUGAGCAGCGGUGCCAGUAGUAAUAGCCUGGACGGUAGUAGCAGCUACGGAACGGGCAAAGAUCAUGUCUAUGGUGCUUCAGAUACGGGCUGGUUUAAUACACUAGCAGGUGCCGUGAAGCGACAAUUUGCGACUUAUGUUAAAUCCCAUUUGAAUUCCACAGCGAUGCCGCCGUCGUCAGCAACGACCGCCACGAAUGGGAGUGAGCUCAGUGGCUUCAACUCAACACCAGCGGCAGCGGCAAUAACAACGGCGGCGUCAGCAGCGCCCCUUCCACCUACCUACAGAAGCAUCAUUAACAAUGGCAGCAAGUCCUACUAUUAUCGCACUCUAUCCGCGGCCAGCAGCAGCAGCAACACCAGCCAAAGCACCUCACCUACGACGGAACCGCUGUCACUACCGCGCAGCGAACUAUCCACGGGAGUUGGUGCUAGCGGUUUUCUGCGUCGCUAUGCGAGCAGCGGCGGCGGCUGCAGCACCACACCUCCCAGCCCACACACAUUAGCGGGGCUAGAUCGGCGACAUCGUAGCCCUGAUCCGCCACCGCGCUAUAAUCGCGGUCAGUCGCCAUUGUUGCUGCGCAAGAAUCUGCUGGAGUUGAGCGGUCAGCCGUCGGGUUCGCCUCUACUGCAAAGGCGCUACGUUUCUGCAUCUCCACCAUUGCCGCCUCCACGUCGUGGCUCCGAGAGCGUGCCCGGCUCCCCGCAACACUUUCGCACGCGCAUCCACUACACACCUGAACCACAACGGCGCAUCUAUCGCACUAUAGAUCAAUGAGUAGCGCUUCAAAUUAUGGUCAUGUGAUGCUGGUAUGGCUUCGAUGGUGACGCUGCCGCCGAUACUGACACUGACACUGAUGUCGCCGGCUCUCUAUCGAUGCCAGCACACACAUGUACCAUGCCUGGAGAUGGGACCAGCCCCUUUGCCAGCUUAUACAAUGAUGGCGCCUGGUCAACUACAAUGGAAACAGCAAAGGCGACAGCGACGGCGAAAUCAACACAACCGACGAAGGCAAACACAGCACCUACAACGCCAACAACAAUGCGUUACCCACGUCAUUAAUUUGUUAACGGUCAAUCCAUUAGUAUUGAUACCAGUAUGGAGAGUAUGAAUGGCGGGGAAAAGUCGAUUCCUCCAUCAGACGACGAUGAAAUGCAACUCACAAUCUGCAAUCUGAAGUCCACAAGCAACUUGUAACAGCAUACAGCAAACGAAAGUGUUCAAAAGUCUCAUACGUAUAAGCUUAGGUCGUAGCAUCUAUCAAUCGAGUGUUGUAGCUUUGUCUAAUUUAAGUAAAAGAAUGUAUUGGCGCGCACAAAA